AUUAACUCACAAAACAACACUACAUAAAAACCCGUGCCGAUUCCCAAAUGUUGCAUAUUUAAUGGGACGGAGACAUACCCCACCCUCUGAGCUCAAUUUUGGGUCAUUUCUCUCCCAUUACAUAAAAACAAUUGCAAGAGCUGUCUGCUUAGAAAAAUCAGCCACUUGUUAUGUUUUACUCCUUUGUUUCCUCAAUAUAAGCACAAGUAAUCUCCCUUUUAAGACCAUCCACAAUUUCCAAUACUCAUCUCAGCUCAACCCGACUCGACUCAUAUCUUUCUUCAACGGUCUAAUUAAUGGCGACCAAUGCCUGCCUCGUCGUUUCACUAUGGAUUUCAUGUUUGCUAGCCACUAGCCAUGCCACCACCUUCUCUUCUCUCCAGAGAACUAUCAUCCUCACGGCUUCACCUCAAGCCGGACAAGUUUUGAAGGCCGGAGAGGACAACAUAACCCUGACAUGGUCCCUUAACACCACCUUCCCAUCCGGGACUGACUCCUACAAAGACGUCACAGUAGAGCUGUGCUACGCUCCGAUCAGCCAGAAGGACCGCGGGUGGAGAAAAACGGUCGACGAGUUGGCUAAGGACAAGACUUGCCAGCACAAUAUUGUCAAAAAGCCAUACACUUCUUCUAACACCACCUUCACCUGGACAGUGAGGAAGGAUGUUCCUGGUGCCACGUACUUUGUCCGAGCCUAUGCCCUCGACUCUGCAGGUAGGGAGGUAGCCUUCGGGCAAACCACCGAUGCUCACAAGACGGCCAACUUGUUCGAGGUUGAGGCAAUCAUCGGACGCCAUGUGUCACUCGACAUUGCCUCUGCUUGCUUCUCUGCCUUCUCCAUUUUAUCCUUGCUUGGAUUCUUCUUCAUGGACAAGAGGAAGGGCAAGCCAUCAAAAUGAUCAAGCAAUGUUUGAGUUGUGAUUCUUGUCUGUUUUAAGAUACACAAGAGAUAGAGUUAUGUAAUAUGCCAUAUUUGGCUAGACAAGAAUCUUAUGAGGCCUAGGAAUAAGGACAUAUGGAUAUGGUCAUGUAUGAAUAUGAUUUACCAGGUUUCUGUUGAUUUCAAGAAAUCAAAUGAAAUGCUCUCAAUUUAUCUUUGUUUUAUUAUCUUUUCUUCGACCAUUAUUAUUUCACAGAAUUUCCAAUCAAAAUCAGGAAGAUAUGCAUAGAUGUCAAGGAUGACUCCAAUCAAGUUCUUGAUUGCUAUCAUCAAUGUGAUAUGUACGGAUGAACAAAAGACAAGAUACGGACUUUGGUAAUAAUAUUUAUUUUAUCAAUGUGAUAUGUAUGGAAGAAAAAAAUUUGAAAUUUCAUACAAUAUUUAUUUUGCCACAGAGGUGCAUGGCACUUUCCAAACGUCAAAUUAUCAUAUGGAUUUGCUGAAUGCUGACCAGAAAUAUAUAAAAUUGAGUUUAAUAACCUGACUUAUAUUGUUAAAAA